CCCAUGCCGGAGCAUGCCGGAACUUCUGCAGCGUCCAGCGCAGCAUCCUUACCCAUGGAUGAUGUGGCGGCAAUCAAGGGCCUGGAGUCUUGGAUUGCCGAGAACGGUGGCUUUACUCAUCCAUCUCUUCGCAUCAGCUGUGGGGCCCGCGGCCGUGGCGUGGUUGCGGCUGAGCCGCUGAGCUCGGCAGAGCUGUGUCGCUUACCCUGGCGGUUGCUGAUCUCGGAGCAGGUGGCAGAAGAGUCACUGUCCUUUGGUCGCGACCUGCGCAUGUCUGCAGAGGAGUUUGGUUCAGCACCUGGUUUGCUGCUGCUCAGCGCAUUUCUACUUCAAGAACGGGCUCAAAGUUCUGCAAGCUCCAGAGAUCUCAGAGAUCAGUUCUACAGCCCCUACUACCAUGUUUUGCCCCGAUGCUUGGCCCUGCCCGCAUCUUGGCCCGAGGGUCAUUGGCUGCAUGCCGGCAUCAAGGGCAGCCAUUUGGAGCGUCAAAUUCGAGCGAAAAGGCACAGCCUUGGACUGGAGUUUUCAUUGCUUCAGAGCUUCGCCCCGAGCUACACGUGGGAGGAAUUUCUUUGGGCCCGGUGUGUUGUGGCCAGUCGCGCCUACGCACUUCGUGGGCAACGCUGUCUGGUCCCAUGGGCCGAUCUCCUAAACCACGGAGCUUCCCAUGAGGUGCAGGCUCGAUAUCACGUUCUGGAUGAAGUCGUACAAAGCGAUUUUGUCAUGACCUUAACAAAAGACCUCACGAAGGAUGAAGAAGUUCUACAGUCUUACGGAGACAAGCCCAACGCUAUGUUGCUCUUGGACUAUGGUUUCGUCUUGCCCAAGUCAGCUAUUUCCGCUUCAGUUUCGAUGACCAUCCCAACGCCGCAGAUACCUGACACAGAUCCGCAGGUCAUUCUGAAGAAGAAACAACUCUGGUCGUCUUCUGGUGGCCGAUUUGGAAGGGAGACGGUACUGGAACUCAACCGCUUGAACUUUGAUCAGCACCUCCAGUUGCAACGAGCAGCAGCCAUUUGUAGUCGCAGUGGCGAGCCAACUCCUGGUGAACCAAGCGAUCCUGUCAUUGAGAUGGCGGCCCGGGACGGAUGCAAGACUGCUGCUGAGCAAAUGCUGAGGCGUAGCAAACCAAGUGUCGAGAUGGGUGAGAUUGGCGAGCGCACACUCCAAGAGCAAGAUUGGGAGAUUUUUGCUCAGCAAGCCUGCUUUCAGAUCUUGGAUGAAGAAAGAGCUGUGCUACAGGAUUUUUUAUCCUGGCUGUCGGAUCUGUCGGCCUAAGGCAGAUGUUGGAUGAUGUUGGAUGAUGUUGGAUGCUGUUUGGACCGUUGGAAGAUCCGUCGCCACGCUCCGGGCUCUGUCAUGGCACUGUCUUCGGCCCAAUCUUCGGCUGUGGUGAAUGAGCCACCGACUCGUUGAACCUGCUGCGACAGAGUGAGACAAGGCUAA